UUCAAUUUCAACGAUAUUGGAGGUAUUAUCAACACGAUUAGCGGAGGUGGUGGAGGUGGCGGCGGCCGUGGUGGUACAGAUAUCGGCAGCAUAAUAGGAGGAAUCGGUAACCUCAUUGGUGGAGGUGGAGGCCAAUAUGGUGGAGGAGGAGGUAAUAUUAAUCCGAAUCGAUUGAAUGGAGGAGUGGUGAAUAUUCUUGGAAAUCUCAUCGGUGAAGCUGCACAUCGUUUCCUUGGGGUUGAUCCAGCCACUGGACGUAUUAUUGGUGCCGUUGCUGGAAAUGUGAUCAUGGGUCUCGGUGGUAAGGACAAUUCGCUGGGUAAUAUUGGUAAAAUUAUCCUCGACAAUAUCAUUUCCGGAAAAUUCAGGCGAGAUGUUGAUCCAUUCGUUCGCCCCGAACCACGACCAGAUCGCACCGGUGGAAUUACCCCCAUCCAGCCGGUUCCGGCUCAUGCUCCGGUUGACUUCUAUGAAGAACGUGACAGAUGUCUGAAGGAGAAGCGCCUCUUUGAGGACCCACACUUCCCUGCUGACGACAGUUCGUUGUUUUACAGCAAAAGUCCUCCGAAACGAAUUGAAUGGCUCAGACCUGGUGAAAUCGUUCGUGAUCCACAGCUGAUCACUGAAGGGCAUUCCCGUUUCGACGUGAUUCAAGGAGAACUCGGUGACUGCUGGCUUCUUGCUGCUGCCGCUAAUCUCACACUCAAGGACGAACUGUUCUAUCGUGUUGUACCACCAGAUCAGUCCUUCACUGAGAACUAUGCAGGUAUUUUCCACUUCCAAUUUUGGCAAUAUGGUAAAUGGGUAGAUGUGGUGGUCGACGACCGUCUACCAACAUCCGGCGGUGAAUUGUUGUACAUGCACUCGAAGAGUAACAACGAAUUCUGGAGUGCUCUUUUGGAAAAGGCAUACGCCAAGCUAUACGGCUCUUAUGAAGCUCUCAAGGGAGGUACCACCUCAGAAGCUCUUGAGGAUAUGACCGGCGGUCUCACAGAGUUCUACGACCUUAAGCAGCCACCCAGGAAUUUGAUGCAGAUGAUGAUGAGAGGUUUCGAGAUGGGCUCACUAUUCGGUUGCUCGAUCGAGGCUGAUCCAUAUGUCUGGGAAGCUAAAUUGCCCAAUGGACUUGUGAAGGGUCACGCGUACUCGAUAACAGGAAUGCGUAUAGUGAAUGGACCACGAGGUCAGGCUUGCCUUGAUGAGGCUUCGAAAUCCAUGGGGAAAUGA